CGCGCCCUGGGGCGUCGUCUCCUGCGAACGGAGCCCGCGGCGGGCGGGGACCCGGGGGGCAGCUGCUGCGUGUCGCGAUAAGGGAGAAGCGAGGCGAACCGCGGGGGAAGGAAAUGACCGUGCUGGAUGGAGCCCUCCGAGCACCUCGGGGCUGCUCCCGGCCCUGCUGCGGCGGCGAGAGCGGGCCCCGGGCAGGGGGCGGCCGGGGGGGGGGCCGGGGGGCUGCGAGCCCUGCACCCGCGGGGCUGCUCGCUGGCCGAAGCGCCCCUCCGUCGUUAGAUCCAGAGUGGGCUUCUUACAAACUUGGAAUAUUCAUUUGCUUGAAUUGCUCCGGAAUCCAUCGCAAUCUUCCUCAAAUCAGCAGGGUCAAAUCCCUUCGGCUUGACUUCUGGGAGAAUGAUCUUAUAGAGUUUAUGAAGAAGCAUGGGAAUCUCUGUGCCAAAGCUAAAUAUGAGGCCAAAGUCCCCCCCUACUAUUACAUCCCCCAGGCCUGUGACUGCUUGGUUUUAAAAGAACAAUGGAUUAGAGCUAAAUAUGAGCGUGAGGAAUUUGUUGCCACCCGAGUCUGCCAAGAUCCUUGUUCUGCAGGUAGCCACGAAGGAUUCCUCUGGAAGCGCGGGCGGGAAAGCAGACAGUUCCAGAAGAGGCGAUUCCUCCUGUCAGCAAGGGAAGGGAUGUUGAAGUACUACACUAAAGAAACCAAAGGUCCAAAAGCCACUAUCAGCAUUGAGAAACUGAAUGUGAUGUUCCAGACAGAAAAAAUCCAACAUGCUCAUGGACUGCAGAUCACCUACAAGACAAAUGGUCAGACAAGGAACCUUUUUGUCUAUCAUGAAAGUGGAAAGGAGAUUGUUGACUGGUUCAAUGCCAUCCGGGCAGCACGUUACCAUUAUCUUAGAACAACCUUCCCAACUGUCCCUGAGUCUGAGCUUGUAUCCCGGAUCACAAGAAAUUAUGUCAAAGAAGGAUAUAUGGAGAAAACGGGACCAAAGCAGAAGGAGACCUUCAAGGUGCGCUGGUUCAGCCUGGACUCUCAGGAGAGGAACCUGCUAUACUUUAAAAAUCCACUGGAUGCAUUUGCACUGGGCCAGAUUUUUAUUGGAAGGAUGGAUGAGGGCUAUGAAGCACGAGCUGGCUUGCCCCAGGGAGUCUGUGUGAAGAAGAGGAAACCAGGGAUCACCAUGGUCACACCAACACGAGAGUUUUUGUUUAUAUGUGAGAACGAUAAGGAGCAGAGGGAGUGGAUAGACGCCCUGAAUGGAGUCAUUGCCCAGCCUUUGACUGGUUAA